ACUCUCCACCUUUGUCGACUGUUGCCAUGGAGCUGUCCAAUCAGGGCGGGGCAGCUUCUCAAGGCUUUGGUUGUGUUGUAGCUGUGAGAGAAAGGCACAUUAGGGCAGGGGGAAGGACAGAGGGAGAAAGCAAGCAAACAAGUGGAGAGGAAGGGCAGAAAGAGGAGCAGCUUGAAAGGAGCAAGGCAGUAGGGCAGCAACAUGACAGAGGACUGUUAAGAUAUUCAAAAUCGGUCCAAAGAGAAGAGCUUAAGACAGAAAAAUAUAGCUGUGCUGUUUCUUUUAAAAACAGCAAACACAACAGAAUGGAGAGCGACUCGUGUGACGAUAGCCAGAGUGACAGCGGUGUAUCAGCAGACUUCUCCCCAUGCAGCACUUUGGAGGGAAACACCAACAUCUCUACAGGCACUCCAGCAACUGUACCCAAAGAGACUCCCAUCGAGAGGGAGAUCCGACGGGCUAUAGAACGUGAGCACAGCUUGAGAAGGUCCAGAGGGCUUCCGAAUCUACCCACGUCCCCAGAGUAUGUAGAUAUUCCUUUGAGAAAAACUGUUCUCUGCCAGUCACUCACUACUAAAUCUGAGAGGAAUCAAGGCAAAGACAGGCAGUUUGCAGGCAAAAAAAUGCAGCAAGAGAUCCAUGAAGAGGCCCGGAGGGAACAGGAUCUGGUCAAGCUCGGAAAAGUUCCAGGUUUCUAUGACAAAGGCACAGUUCGCCAACUCAAAGAGAGGAAACAGGUUUUUGAGGCCUUUCAGAAACCUAGUGACUCAGGUUUGACUGUCUCAACCAAGUCUAAAACCACAUCCUGGUCCUCAGCCAGUGAUGUUUCAACCCUGGAGAACCAGGAGGACAUCUCAUCACAGACAUCCACCAUAGGAAGCUCAUAUGUGGAGAGGAGACAGAGUGUAGACCUUCUAAGUCCCAUAGAGUCCCCUAGCUUAACAACAGGAGGGGGUUCAACCAUUUCAACUCCCCGAGGACCAGGCUUCUCUGAGGGAGCGGGUCGCCAAGUCAUCAUCCUAGAGAAUAACCUGAGUGUCCCAGCGCAGAGGUUCUACCAUGCCAAACGAGAAGCCGAGCCUGUCACCACAGUUGACUCUGGAAGUCCAAAGAUCUCACCGUACGGGACAGAAGGACAUGGUGGGAUUAGAAAGGAGGAAAAGGAGGAGGAAGAGGAGGAGGAGGUUGUACCCAAGGAGAACCCCUUUUUCAAGCUGCGAUCCUCAACUAAUUUAAUUAAAGUGGAGCAGGAUAUCCGGGAGGCUCAAGAGAGGGAGAAGGAGCUUCGCAAGCAGAGGAUCAGCCUGUAUGGGGGGACAGGGGGUGCAAAAGGAGGAGAAAGAAGAGGAGGUGGAGGAGGAGGAGGCGGAGGAAGGCCUGUCAGCAUUGAAAGAAAGAGUCCCACAUUUUCUUCCUCCUCACUGAAUGGACUGUCCGCUCCUGACUCACCUGGCUCUUCACCCAGGUUUGGAACUGGAUCUUCGGCAGCGCACCAGUCAGUUGGCAAGUUGGGCAUGUGGCCUCCUGCUCAGGCUGAAGAGGAGAGGACUACCCAGCGAGAGGUCCUCUGGAGUCCCCGGACCCCCAGACAGAAGAACCCUCUAGUACAGCGCUGGGAGUCAGGCCUUGUCAAUGGACACAAUGACGACGACGACUGAGGAGAUGCUGACAGAGCAAACUGAGAGAGGGAGUAAGGUUUACAGAGAUCUGUAGUUUUUGAUGUGGAAGACAGAAAGACUGUGAGAUAAAAGAGGAGACCUGUGUACACAACGUGGGAACAGAGUACAGGAGGGAGCAGUGAUGAAAAGGAGGAAAGAGAGAGAGAGAACGGGAAGUGAGAAACAGGUCAGGGAUUUCUGCUAGAAAGGGGGUCAGGAGGAUUGGGAGCAAGGAAAAGGAUUGGUGGUGGACUGAAAACCCUAAAGAGUCCUUCAGCAUGGAGGAGAGAAAAAGGAGGAGGAGGGUCACCCAUUAGUGAAUAAGCACUUGGCCUGCUUCUGGUGCUUGAGACUCUGAGAUUUACAAAUGUAAAAUGGCAAACAAAUAAUAAUAAUAUUGUACUGGAGAAAAAAAAUGUUAAUUUAGUAAAAAAUGGGACUUUAAAACCUUAAUGAAUUUCUUUACCAUUAUAUUUUUGGAAUAACAAUGAUCUAUUAUUUGUUGAUGAAAAUAGAGUAGUACAGUAUUUGAUACAGAAAAAAUCUUGAAAGAAAAAAAGUGGCGUCACCAGUUUUAUGCUUUUAAUGAUGUUUUGCACUGAGUUACCAGUUUAUUACACCUGUACAAUCUAUUGCAAUCCAGUACAAUAGUCAUGCAAUAAAUCCUACUUUGUGUAGCUCAGUCUGUUCAUUCUUUUAUUGACAGUGUCACAGAGCUGUUGAUUCAACUUUGUGGUCAGGCCGUGUUAGUGGUGGGGAUGUAUUUGACUGCAUUAAGCAGAAUUUUUUUUUUCCUGUAUAAUUACCAUACAUUCAUGAAGAAGCAGAAUGUAACAACUCUCAAUAAGGUAGACCAGUGUGACUUUAACACCAAUUACACUCCUGAAAAUGUAACUUCACAAAGACACAAAGACUUUACUGGAGGGUUAUUUUAUUUGACCUCAUUGUUGGUGUUUUCAGAAUAAUUUCAGAAAAAAUAUAUAUAGUGAUAUAAAUUAUUGUACAAGUCUUAAUCCGUGAAUAGCUUCUCCUUUUGUUAUUUUCAUGCGUCACUACUGAAAGCUGGAUUAAGACACCUUCUUUUAAAAAGUGCACCACUGAUCUGGAUUUCAGAGCUGAAUAAUGCGACCUAAUACAAGCCUGCUUAAGU